GCACCCAGCCUGUCCUGACACGCUUUGCCUUCCGCAGCCAGGGUGGCUCUAGGCCAUAUGUGUGGCGAAGUUUACUGUACCCGAGCAGCUUCCUCCUUAGUGAGAUUGCGUGGACCUGGUGAGAGUUUCCGUGAGCAAGGAUUGCAGGACUGGCCUGAGUCAGAGCAUGUGGACUCUCAUAGGUUGGCCUCUGCUUGCAAACUGCCCAUCUAAUUACCAUGCAAUAAAUCAGUAACAACAGGGAUAUGAAACAAGAGGUUUGGGCUACCGCUGCCUCUAUAGAGAGCUUGCAGCUCCCAGCUUCUUAAGGCUGUUCCAGUCCACGGCUGUCAGCAAUAAGCUCCGCAAUUCCUUCUUCCUCACACUCCUUCCUCUGGGAGUAAUCGGGUGCACGAUGGACAAGGACCAAGGGAAAACAGGAGGGGUCAAAGGCUAUUUUACAAAGCGCCAUCUUUAUGUCAUAGGUUGCACCACAUUGCUGUGCUUCAGCUUUGGCUACGUUUGGAAUACGUCCAAUGGUACCUGGCUGGACACACCAAUCAAGAUCUCCAGCACAAUGAACAGUAAUACCCAGAACUUGGAUGACUUUCACAAAAUAAAGCAACCAAGCAACCAUAUCCUGGAAGAUUUACUACAAAUUGAAUUACCAAGGAUGAUUUACACAAAGCCACAGAUUCUAAAGCCAUCGAGAAGUGACGUCCUUAUGAUGACUCCAUGGUUUGCUCCAAUAGUUUGGGAAGGGACCUAUAACUCCGAGAUCCUGAAUGAGCAGUUCCGACAAAGGAAUGUCACUGUUGGACUGACAGUGUUUGCUAUCAAAAAGUAUGUAGUCUUCCUCAAUAAAUUUUUAGAAACUGCAGAGACAUACUUUAUGGUUGGACAUAGGGUGAACUAUUACAUUUUCACAGACAGACCAGAAGAAGUUCCUAAAGUUCCACUCAAAGAAGGAAGGAAUGUAGUGGUUCUGCAAGUCCAAAACUACCCUAGGUGGCAAGAAAUCUCUAUGCGACGAAUGGAAAUGAUCAGCAACUUCUCUCAGCAGCAGUUCAUUAAUGAGGUCAGCUACCUAGUGUGUGUGGAUGUAGACAUGAGGUUUAAUGACCAAGUUGGAGUGGAGAUCCUGAGCGACUUGUUUGGCACACUACACCCAGGUUUCUAUGCUGCGGAGCGUCAGUCUUUCACCUACGAACGUCGACCUGCUUCUCAAGCUUAUGUGCCCAGAGAUGAGGGUGACUUCUACUAUGCUGGAGGCUUUUUUGGAGGAACAGUAAUGGAGGUUUACAAGUUGACCAAGAAAUGCCAUGAAGCUAUUAUGAUGGACAAAGCCAAAGGAAUUGAGGCAAUCUGGCAAGAAGAGAGUCACUUAAACAAGUAUUUUGUUUACCAUAAACCAACCAAAAUACUUUCCCCGGAAUACCUGUGGGAUGACAAUAUGGGUAGGCGAGAGAUCCUUAAGAAAAGAAGGUUUCUUGCUGUACCAAAGAACCAUGCUGCAAUCAGAAAUAAAUGAAGUUCAUCUCAGGCUGGUCUUAGUGCGAACUAACAUAACUGAUCUUGUAGGUUUCCUUGGUUGAUGAAAAUAUACAGACAAUUGGUAAAAGCUCCAUAACUUUUUUUGACAUUCCCAGUAUUUCUUGAUAUGGGAAUGAUUUCAAGAUGACACUAUGUUACCAUAAGGAGAAGACAUGCAUCUGAUGAAGUGGGAAUUCACCCACAAAAGCUUAUGCUCCAAUACGUCUGUUAGUCUAUAAGGUACCACAGGACUCUUUGUCACUUUUUACUGAUCCAGUCUAACACGGCUACCCCUCUGAUACUUGACACCAUAAGGAUAGUUUGCUGAUUCCAACAAUUUCAUUGCCAAAAAUAAAUUGGUAUUUGUCUGCAAUAGAGCUGUACCAGCAAUAGGUUGUGCCUAGUGUUGGGGAAAUAUAAAGAGACUUGUAGAUUCAGAUGCUUAUUCAAACCUCUCUUGGCUGGACAUCUGAUGCAAAGAAGCUUUCAUGAGACUUGAAGUGCGUCCUGGUUUUAUUUGGGUCAGAACUGAUGUGGAAACAUAGAAAUACCAAAAUAUCUCUUAUUUGUUACCAGAGCCAAAUCUCUGGGUGGCUGUGUUUAAAAAAAAAAUGAAAUUGAACCAGAUAAUUUUUUUUAGAAGAGCAAAAAAUCUAGUUAAUUUGAUUUUUCUCGGUGGUUUGGGCUGCCCCUAAUCUGUAUGAUACUUGAAAUGCGUCUCAAGGUUCAGUUGCUUCCAACCCUGUGGUGCUCUCUGACUUGCAAAAUACACUUGAAAAUGAAAUAAUCUUGGGUCUCACCAGUUUAUCUGGAUCCAUCUUUUCAAUCUCAGCUGGCCCAGAAUGAUAUCAAAUCUUUAGGUUAUCAUCUAAUUUAUAAUGAAGAAAGCUCAGGGUUAUCAGAUCUAUUUUCAAUUAAUUUUCUCUCCUGAAGGAGACAAAACUAUGGUUAAAAGACCUUAGCUUCCUGGGGAGAAAUGGCUGGAGAAGUAUCACAAUGGAAAGCAACUCCAUCUGCUAUUGGUAGAGCUCCUAAUACCUCACAAAUCUUUGGGCCCUCAAAAGACCGAUGUUGUCUCUCUGCACCAAAGAUUGCUUAACAAAUGUCAGUAAAAGAGACCAAAUGAGGAUGUAAUGAGUUUCAUUUGGAUAACAGUACGUGUUGGAAUAAGAUGACUGGUAGAGCCCUCUUCUGUACCAAAUUCUGCUUCCACUUACGCUCUAUUAGUUUCUCUUGGGUUUUUAAAUAGCACCUCUCACCAUGGUAUCUAUGCAAUUGGGUUAGCAGGUUGUAACUGAAAGGGGAAUUUUUUUCCUCAAAGUCACUUGUAGAAGGGAAUUGAAGUGGCUUGAACAGAAAUGUUGGAAGAUUUUCUCCCUCAUAACAAGGUCUAUUCAAUUUAUUUCCCUGCACUGGGUGUUCUAAUUGAAAAUGGGAAGAUCAGUUAAGGAAGAGGCUAAAACAAAACGUGCCCAAUUCUGCUCCCAUUUAAGUCAAUACAGGAUUUGUUGGUGACCUCAGUAGAAAGAUAUAUAUAAAAUACACACACGCCCCAGGGUACAAUUGAGUUUCUUGCAACACUCAAGGUGUGUCUUAGUGCAUUCACUGGCAACCUGGAAUGCACUGUCAUACUAAUAAAUGGUUUAUUGGGGGAGUGGGCAAAAGCAAGUGAUUAAAGCAGGGUUUCUCAAACUUUGUACUGGUGACCCCUUUCACACAGUAACCCUCUCAAUGCGACCCCCCCCCUUAUCAAUUAAAAACACUUUUUAAUAUAUUUAGCACCAUUAUAAAUGCUGGAGGCAAAGCAGGGUUUGGGGUGGAGGCUUACAGCUUGUGACCCCCCAUGUAAUAGCCUCACGACCCCCUGAGGGGUCCCGACCCCCAGGUUGAGAACCCCUGGAUUAAAGUACUGUACAAUAAAGAUGAGAGGCAGCAACAUCUAGUAAUCUGAGUACAGGCCUGCGAGCCAAAAACAUCUACAUUCACCUGAAUGGCUGUAGCCUAUUAGAACUUCCUCCUGACCCAAAAAACCUCCCUAAUUUAGAUUUGUGUAUAUCCUUGUCAAUAAUUAAGUGUCUUGCAAAACAUUAAAAUCUCUGCUACUACUGAUCUAUGAUUAAGGCUGAUCCAGCAGAAAAUUCUAUUUCCUUCACUCUGGUCCCCACGUAGGUUUCAAUUAGCGCAUGGGCCUUGCCAAAACUGACUGUUGCUGGAGACUUCUGGAGCCACACUGGCCCACGUGUUUUGGACUAUCUCAGGACACAAUUCGUUUAGCUAGAAUAGGUUGGAGGAUUAAUAUGAUAGUGGCUACAUCUCUAAAAAUUACCUCCCAGAACUGUUUUGGAAAUGCUCUAACUCACAGGAAGUUUGGUUUUCUAGAUCAAUGAUUGUAGCCAAACAGCUUAUUGCUUAGAUAGAAAAGCACAUUGCUUCUGGGGAUAGAAGCUUGGCCCAGUAAUAUGAGGACUUAGCAGCUAAAAAGAAGAUAAUGUUUUGGAGAAGAGGGACCUCAGACAAAUUUGAAAAGAUUUGGUCAAACUUUUUCAAAACCUGUUAUUAAUUCCUAGUGAAUGGAAACCAAGAUGUCGCUCUUCUUUCCUCUCCCUGCCCCAUUUCCUUCUCCUCUCUCCGCCUAUUCCUUUACUUUUCUGUUUUCUGCCUCUCUCUCCCCUCCCCCCAUUCUCCCUUUAUUUAGCAGUGGGGAGAAACAGAUAUUUUUAAAUAAAAUAUAAAUGAAAACACUUCUGAAUUCUAUUAGUGGCUCUGACAUUUUUUCCUGUGCCUCAGUUUUCUCCUCAACAAAAUGGGAAUAAUAAUAGUCACUGUUUGUAAAGUGCUAGGUAGAUACUGUCAUUAUUAAUCUAGCAAAUAAAAGUUUUAUGCAGACAGUGAA